AUGGAUGCAUUACCUGCGGAAAUCAGAACGUUUCUAAGUGCUCAUCCCUUUUUUCAGCUCACAGACGACAGAAAGAUCAAAUGCACCCUGAACGGACACGAGAUUCCCUGCAAACUGACGGAGUUACAGGCUUUUAUCCAGGGGAAGAAAUAUAAGAAACUAAACGCAGCUGCUGAGUUCAACUACAGCCAGUAUGAGCCACACAUUAUACCAAGCACAAAGCAACCCAACCAGCUCUUCUGCAAACUAACCCUGAGGCACCUCAACCGGCAGCCAGAGCAUGUCCUUCAACACGUCAGUGGGAAACGGUUCAAGAAAGCCCUAGCUCAGUAUGAGGAGUGUGCGAAGCAGGGGAUUGAGUUUGUUCCAGCCCGACUAAAACAGAAGAGGCCUAAAAAUGUCGGAGAGGAUAUGAGUGAGUCCUCAAAAAGACGGUCCAAUAGCAUGUGGGAACCGGCUUCCAGCGAUGAAGGACACAGCGACUCGGAAGACAGCAUGAGUGACCUCUAUCCACCCUCCAUGUUUUUCAAGAAUUCUGAGGUUAAAGGUACUGCAGGUGAAGACGACGAGGAAGACGAUGACUUUAAAACAGAUGAAGACGAAGAAAUGGAAGUGGACACACAGGUGGUGCAGAAGCGCAAAAAGGUCCAAAGUGGUGGCUUACAGAAGAAAUCCAGAAAUAACCGAUGGAAACCAGGGCACAAGAAACAUAAAAAAGCCCUAAAUGGAAAGUAGCCUGUGAAAAGGCUUCUGCAGUCUUUCUGAAGCUGGGCAACACUGACGCGCGGUUUAGAGUAUGUGUUUAAGCUGAACUGGCUCUGUACAUCCAACUAUAAGGAUGCAAGUGACUUUUAGGGAAAUUUGUUUUGUCUCCAAAGUCAUGAUGUUUACACAACUGGUUUUUACGACAAACGAUUUUCACAGAGCCAGUUGGAGUUAUUUGUGAUAUCUAUUCCGAAGCACUUGUAAAUAAAAAAACAACAAACUGCUUUGUUUAGGUUGUGCAAUACUGUUGAAUCAUUAUUUUUCCUCCCAGAGGAGCUCUAAAUCCAUAAAAUACAUUCUGUGAAUGUAAAACUCCCAUAUUACUAAUUUCCAUUAAGAUAUUUUCCAGAUACUAACAUUUUUAACAAAUAUUUCAAUGUUUACUAUUUCACAACUGGGUUUGAUAAAUGCUAAACAAAAUAGAUUAUAUCCUUAGCAUAUUGCAGGGAUGCUGAUUCCUUCUAGACAUAAAGUAUAUGUAAAUGAUUGUAUAAACAAGUAGUUUUAACAUCUUAAGAAACUUCUGCUUGCCUGAUUUAAAUCUUUUCAUGAUUUAUAUAAAGAGAUCAAAUCUAAAAAUUUAGAAGAAACUUGAGUGUAAUAAAAUGCUGUAAACUUAUAGCUGUUCAGUGUGUAUA